CCGGGGGAGGGAGAGGGGGGGCCAGGGCCCCCCAAGUCUUCACUCCCUCCCCAUCUUCAGCUCCCAGACUCCUCUGCCCACCCCCUAGAACGCCUGGGUCCUAUGGCUGGGCCUUAGAGGCCUCGGCUCUCCCCUCCCAGCCCCCUCCCAAUCUUCGCUCUCACGAUGCCGUCGGCCCCAGCCCCCCUCCUCCUCGCCUUCUCUGUCUCCUGCCUCGGCCCCCCUGGUCUCGCCACCCCGGCCCACCCCGAUGGGCUGCCCCCCGGCCGAACCCCUCUGGCCCCCCCCUACGCUAUCGUCCUUAUCUCCUGUUCCGGCCUCCUGGCCUUCGUCUUCCUCCUCCUCACCUGUCUCUGCUGCAAGCGAGGGGACGUCGGAUUCAAGGAGUUUGAGAACCCUGAAGGGGAGGAUUGCUCUGGGGAAUACACACCUCCCGCGGAGGAGACCUCGUCCUCCCAAUCGCUGCCCGACGUCUACAUUCUCCCGCUGGCUGAGGUCUCCCUGCCACUGCCUGCCCCCCAGCCCUCGCGUUCAGAUCUGGGGACAUCCCUGGGCCUGAGCCGCCAGCAUCUGAGUUACCUGCAGGAGAUCGGGAGUGGUUGGUUUGGGAAGGUUAUCCUGGGAGAGAUUUUCUCAGACUUCAGUCCAGCCCAAGUGGUGGUGAAGGAGCUGAGGGUCAGUGCGGGGCCACUGGAGCAACGCAAAUUCUUGACCGAGGCUCAACCCUAUCGGAACCUCCAGCACCCCAACAUCCUCCAAUGCCUUGGACUCUGUGCGGAGACCUUGCCCUUCCUGCUCAUCAUGGAGUUCUGUCAGCUGGGAGAUUUGAAGCGUUACCUCCGGGCCCAGCGGCCUCCUGAGGGCUUGGCCGCUGAGCUGCCCCCGCGGGACGUGCGGACUCUGCAGAGGAUGGCGCUGGAGAUUGCCCGCGGGCUCGCCCAUCUGCAUGCCCAUAACUACGUGCACAGUGACCUUGCCCUUCGCAACUGUCUGCUCACAUCGGACCUCACAGUGAGGAUCGGGGACUACGGCCUGUCCCACAGCAACUACAAGGAGGAUUACUAUUUGACCCCUGAGCGUCUCUGGAUCCCCCUCCGCUGGGUAGCCCCCGAGCUCCUGGAUGAGCUUCAUGGUAGCCUGAUGGUUGUGGACCAGAGCAGGGAGAGCAAUGUCUGGUCUCUGGGCGUGACCCUGUGGGAGUUGUUUGAGUUCGGUUCCCAGCCCUAUCGCCAUCUCUCCGACGACGAGGUCCUCGCCUAUGUGAUCCGCCAGCAGCACGUGCAGCUGGCCCGACCCCGCCUCAAACUUCCCUACGGGGAUUACUGGUACGAGGUCCUGCAGUCCUGCUGGCGGCCCCGCACGCAGCGGCCCUCGGCCUCCGACCUCCAGCUGCAGCUCACCUACCUCCUGUCCGAGCGGCCUCCGCGGCCCCCGCCGCCGCCCCCGCCCCCGCCGCCGCCGCCCCCGCCGCCCCCGCCGCCGCCGCCGCCCCCCAGGCCCCGGCCCCCGGGCCCGCCGCCCGCCUUCCCCUGGCCCUGGCCGGCCCCGGCGCCCCCGGCCCGGCCCCCGGCCCUGUCCCCGUUCCCGUUGCUCGACGGCUUCCCGGGCGCUGACCCCGAGGACGUGCUGACCGUUACCGAGAGCAGCCGCGGCCUCAACCUGGAGUGUCUCUGGGAGAAGGCCCGGCGCGGGGGCGGCGCGGGGCCCGGCCCGGGGGGUCCGGCCUGGCAGCCCGGCUCGGCGCCCCCCGCCCCCUCCAACCCCUUCUACGAGGCCCUGGCCACCCCCAGCGUCCUCCCGGUCAUCAGCGCCCGCAGCCCCUCGGUCAGCAGCGAGUACUUCGUCCGCCUGGAGGAGCACGGCUCCCCGCCCGAGCCCCUCUUCCCCGCCGACUGGGACCCCCUGGACCCCCUGGACCCCGGCGCCGCCGCCCCGCCGCCCCCGCCGUCGGACGUGCCCCAGCUGGUGUCCGAGACGUGGGGGUCGCCGCUCUUCCCCGCCCGGCCCCGCUCCUUCCUGGGCGGCUGGGACCCCGAGGGCCGGGGCGCCGGGGACACCCUGGCCGGGGACCCUUCCGAGGUCUUGGGCCAACGGGGGGCGGCCCCGUGGGGAGACGAGGACGAGGAGGAGGAGGAGGAAGAGGAGGAGGAGGAGGAGGAGGAGGAGGGGGAGAGCUCCCCGGGCGGCGGCGGCAGCAGCGGGGGGAGCCGGGGCCGCCGGGGUCCCCGGCCCUGCCCGCUGUGCAGCCGCGGCGGGGGUCCCUGCUCCUGCGCCCCGCUGCGCCGGGGGGACGCGGUCAGCGGCUGGGGGGGCCACCCGGCCCUCGGCUGCCCCCGCCCCCCCGAAGACGACUCGUCCCUCCGGGCCGAGCGCGGCUCCCCCGCCGACGGCCCGGCCCCCCCCCCCUGCUCGGCCCCCCCCGAGUUCCGGGACCCCCUCAUGGGGGCGGCGGCGCCCCAGUACCCCGGGCGGGGGCCCCCCCCGGCCCCUCCCCCGCCGCCGCCCCCUCCCCCUCCCCCUCUCCCGGCCGCGGCCCCCCCCCGGGGCGACCUGGGCUCGGGGGACCCGCCGGACCCGCCGUCGAGCAGCCCGGACCUGUGCAGCCCGGCCUCCCGCCUGUCCUCGCCGGGCCCUCGGCCGGGGGACAGCGGCUACGAGACGGAGAACCCGCUGUCGCCGGAGCUGGCCUCCCAGGACACGCCGACGGCCCGCGCCCCUCCGGAGCCCCCCGACCCCCCCGGGGCCGGGGAGGGGGGCGGGGGGGGCGGGGGAGGGGAGCGGGGGGCGCCGGCCUUCGUGGUGCAGGUGAGCACCGAGCAGCUGCUGGUAUCCCUGCGGGAGAACGUCACCCGAAACCUGCUGGGGGCGCGGCGGGGGGCCCGGCCCCAGGGGGAAGCCCAGGGGCGCCGGGAGAGAGGGACGGGGGCCAGCCGGGGCUCGAGGGGGCCGGUCAGCGGGGGGACGGUGACAGACCCGGGCUCGAAGGCCCCAGGGGCCGGGGAGGCGGCGACGGACCACGGCCCGGGAGCACCGGCGACCGGCCGGGGGACCGGGACGGACCGCGGCCCGAGAGCCCCCGGGAGCGGGGAGAGGGUGGCCGACCCGGGCCCCAGGACCCCCGGGAGUGGGGAGAGGGUGACCGACCAAGGCCCCAGAGCCCCCGGGAGCGGGGAGAGGGUGACCGACCAAGGCCCCAGAGCCCCCGGGAGCGGGGAGAGGGUGACCGACCAAGGCCCCAGAGCCCCCGGGAGCGGGGAGAGGGUGACCGACCAAGGCCCCAGAGCCCCCGCGAGCGGGGAGAGGGUGACCGACCAAGGCCCCAGAGCCCCCGCGAGCGGAGAGAGGGUGACCGACCAAGGCCCCAGAGUCCCCGGGAGCGGGGAGCGAGUGACCGACCAAGGCCCCAGAGCCCCCGCGAGCGGGGAGAGGGUGACCGACCAAGACCCCAGAGCCCCGGGGAGCGGGGAGAGGGCAUCCGACCAAGGCCCCAGAGCCCCCGCGAGCGGGGAGAGGGUGACCGACCAAGGCCCCAGAGCCCCGGGGAGCGGGGAGAGGGUGACCGACCACGGCCCCAGAGCCCCCGGGAGCGGGGAGAGGGUGACCGACAAAGGGGCCAGAGUCCCAGGCAGCAGGGAGAAGGGACUAGGCCCCAGAGGAGCGAAAGCCCCAGGGAAUGGCGAGAAAGUGACAGACGAAGGGGCGAAAGCCCCGGGGAGUGGGGAGAAAGGGAUGGACAGCGGAGCGAAAGCCCCAGGGAGUGGGGAGAAAGCGACAGACAGUGGGGCGAAAGUCCCAGGGAGCGGGGAGAGAGCGACAGACAGUGGGGCGAAAGCCCCAGGGAACGAGGAGAGAGCGAGCCACAAUGGUGUCCAAGUCCCAGGGUUAGGGGAGAAAGUGACAGACAAUGGGGUGAGAGCCCUGGGGAGCGGGGAGAUAGUGACGGAAGAUGGGGUGAAAGCCCCAGGGGGCGGGGGGAAAGCGACGGAAGAUGGGGUGAAAGCCCCAGGGAGCGGGGAGAGCCGGGCCAGCAAUGGAGCCCGAGGCCACGAGGCUCAAGCCCCAGGGACCAAGGAGAGAGUGAUGGAGAAUGGGGGGCAAAGUCAAGGGAGGGGGGAGGAAGUCCAAGACCCUGGAGUGAAAAUUCAAGGGAGCCACAAGAAAUCAUCGGAGAAUGUGGGACAAGUCCAAGGGACCCUAGAGAAAGUCCGAGAAAAUGGGGGGAGAGUCCCAGGGAGCGGGGGGAAGGGGACGGAGAACUGCGGGGGAGCCCCAGGGAGCAGGGGGAGAGUGACAGAGAAUGGGCAGAGGGUCCUAGAGAACAGGGAGAGAACAGUCCCGGAGAGCGGGGGGCGAGCCCCGGGGAGUGGGCAGAGAGCCCCGGGGGGGCGGCCGAUGGGCAGGCCGGCGGGGGAGGGGGUGCCAGGCAGCCUGGGGGGCGGCGCAGGGCCCGGAGGCGGCGUGGCCGGAGGAAGCGAGGAGGUGCCGGAGCGGAGGGGGCUGACGGAGCGGGGGCCGGGGCCCGGGGGGCCGAGGCCGGAGCCACGGACGCCGGAGACGCCACCCCACCGAGAGAGCCCGGGGCCCGGAGGGGCCGCAGAGGAGCCAGGCGCCCAGGCAGACGGCGGAGGGGAGCCCGGCGGAGACGGGGGGUCGUCCCCCAAGACGACCAAGCGGGGACCGGAGAUGCCCCGGCUCUUCCUGGAUCUGGGACCGCCGCCGGGGAGCAGCGAGCAAAUCAAAGCCAAGCUCUCCCGCCUCUCCCUGGCCCUGCCCCCACUCACCCUUACCCCAUUCCCGGGGCCCGGUCCCCGCCGGCCUCCUUGGGAGGGUGGGGACACAGGGGUCUCUGGUGGAGCCGGGGAGGCUGGCGGCCCAGCAGAGGUGGACGAGGAGGAGGAGCAGGAGGAGGGAGAGGAGGAGGAGGAGGAGGCGGCGAUGGAUGGGGGCCCCGGACGAGACCACACAGCCCCAGUGCCCAUUGUGGUGAGCUGCGGGGACGGGGGGCGGCCGCUCCGUGGGCUGCUCAAGUCACCCCGAGGGGCCGAGGAGCCAGAGGAGACCGAGUUGGAGAGGAAGCGCAAGAUGGUGUCCUUCCACGGAGAUGUCACCGUCUACCUCUUCGACCAGGAGACCCCAACCAACGAGUUGAGCAGCCAGGGCACCCCAGAGGGGGACCCAGGCCUCUCCACCCCGCCGGCACCCCCGACGCCCCCCCAUCCCUCCACCCCGGGAGACAUUUUCCCCAGCAGCGACAGCAGCUUCGGCGGCAGCUUCGAGUGGGGGGAGGACUUCCCACUACUGCCCCCAUCGGGACCCCCCCUCUGCUUUUCCCGCUUCUCUGUCUCCCCUGCCCUGGAGACCCCAGGACCCCCGGCCCGGCCGCCCGACACCGCCCGCCCCGCAGGCCCCGUGGAGGACUGA